GCUGCCUGGCUGAGCCCGGCGCCGGAGCCUCGCCUCGCCUCGCCUCGCUUCCCUGCCGCCGCCGCCGCCCGCGGGUGCUGCUGGCCAAGAGGGCGGCGAGGAGGCGCGCGGAGGGGGCUGCCUUGGAGACGCGCGUCCGGGAUGCAUCCUUCCCCGAAGAACACUCAGGGGCCACUUGGUUAGUGAAGAGCCAGCGUUUACAUCCUGAGAGCAUCAACCUUUUCGCCAGGCAGACAAUCUGGAUCCACGGGGACAGCAUCAUGUUGGUCAAAGAGUACCGUAUUUGUAUGCCCCUCACCACUGAAGAGUACCGAGUCGGGCAGCUGUACACCAUCAGCAAGCACAGCCACCAGGAGAGCGACAAAGGAGAAGGGGUGGAAGUUGUGAAAAAUGAGCCACACGAAGACCCCGUCCACGGCCAAGGCCAGUUCACAGAGAAGCGGGUGCACCUGUCCAGUAAGCUGCCUAGCUGGGCUAGGGCCGUGACACCGCGGAUAUUCUACAUCACCGAGAAGGCCUGGAAUUAUUACCCGUACACCAUCACAGAGUACACGUGCUCUUUUCUGCCAAAGUUUUCCAUCUACAUAGAAACCAAAUACGAGGAUAACUGUGGAGACAGCACAAACAUCUUCCACAGUGAAAAAAUCUUGGGGGACCACGAAGUGACAUUCCUGGACAUCGCCUUUGAUGAAAUUCCAGAGCGCUACUACCGGAGCCCUGAGGAUCUCCGGUACUUCUGCUCGACCAAGACUGGCCGUGGUCCACUGCGGGAGGGCUGGCGGGAACACACCCAGCCCAUUAUGUGCUCCUACAAGCUGGUGACAGUCAAGUUUGAGGUGUGGGGACUGCAGACACGGGUGGAGCAGUUUGUCCACAAGGUCAUCCGGGAUAUCCUGCUGAUAGGGCACCGGCAAGCCUUCGCCUGGGUGGAUGAGUGGUGUGGGAUGACAAUGGACGAGGUGCGCCAGUAUGAGAAAGAGACGCAGGAGGCCACUAAUGAGAUCGUCGGCACGGUGGGGUCCACCGUCUCCAUCAGCGAAGUGUGCCUGCCCUCCAAUGCCCAGAGUGCCUCCUCCAGUGCCCCUUCCACACCCCUCAGUGGGGACGCCCCGGACUUCCUCAGCAUACCCAAGGACAGGCCGCGGAAGAAAUCUGCUCCGGAAAUGCUGACGCUGCCAGUGCUACAGGAGCGCACCAACGCGGAGUGACGGCCGACCCUCUCGAUCACCGUUCUGUGUCUUCCUUCCCUUGUGAAGAUUCUCUCCCACCCCACCCUUGUUCAUUUCCACAGGAGAUUUUAUUGAACUUAAACCCAGGUGUGGACUUUUCACCUUCAGGUUGGAUUUUUAAUGCCUUUUAAAAAAACAACAAGUGAGCCUGCAGUUGAAAGGCCUUUCAAGAACCUGGGAGCAUCAUGGAAAACUCAGAUCUCCCCUGCCUGCCCUUCAUUCCUGCUGGAGUCCGCUGCCGGACGUUUGACUCCCUCCUUGCUGUGAGGAAUUCCCAGCCAAAGCUCUCCAGGUUCUGCUAUCAUGCAGCGUACCGCCCCCCUCCCCAAACCUGGCAGUUGUAAUUCUGGGAGGAAAAUAACAUUGUCUUAUAGCAUCUUGGCUGAACGGCAGUUCCCAAGGCUCUUUGAGGAAAGUCUGGACAGUUCCCUUGGGAUAAAAGCCUGCUGCUUGGAUCAGCUUGUCAUCUGCAGACCCCACAUUGCUUGUUCACGUCGAAGUGAGUUCACUUCGAAGUGGAAGGGCCCCUUACUGCUGCUGCUUCUGCCUACAUAUUUUAGAGUGGGUUUUUAUUAGCUCUGCAGAAGAGUUCGUUCAUUUUUAAGAGAGGUUUUUUUUUCUCCUCUGCUUUCAAAUGUCUUUUUAACUCUUGAGUUAUUGCUCUUUUUUUAAAGAAAAAUGUUGCUCUGCCGUUGCGGCACAGAGACCUGGUGGACUUUGUGUUUCCUGCCAAGGGGAAAGGGGUAACCACCGGGACACUUCUAUCUGCUUAGCUUGCUUGCGGAUGCUAAGCCAGAACCACUGGACUAGCCAUCGCAUGGAUGAAGUCCUGUAGGAUGUGAGGAGGCUCCCUCUGCCAUGGGUCAUGAAUGGGGCAAGAUCUCCUCUCGGGUGUAGGCCUUUUUUUCUUUCUUUCUAGGAGGUAUUAAUACUAAGCUAGGGUGGAGAGAGAACCAUACUCUUUCCUCUUCAACUGAGGAGUCAGGAUCUAGCCUACCGAGCACAAUGUGCAGGCUGCACUUCCGUGAUCCGGGUGCAUGCACACAAAUUUGGUAGUGAGGCAGUGCGUUCACCACCCUAAGAGUCUCACCAUCUAUUUUUCAAAGCCAAGUUUCUCGACCUCAUGGUUGCAGAGAGCAGUUUGAAAGUAUUCCAUUCUGCGACUCAGUCCUUGGUGGUUCUUCCAAAGCCAGAACUCAGUAGGGUUGACAGAGAACAACGCUUCACGAGUCUCGCUCAGUGUCUCGGCUCACUUACUGGUCUUGCUGCAUAAAUUCUGCAAAUGGGCUCAGUUUAUAUAAAUGAUUCCAGUCACAGAACUGCAUGGCAUAAGCUGAACUGUAUACACGAGGAUACAGUUGGCUGGGCAGUGUACCUUGGGAGCCAGUAAGGGGGCAGGUGCUCUCUGGAGCUCCCGGAGUCUGUCCAGCUUGGGGAACCUUCCUGCCUGCAUUCCCAGGAGGGCAUGCAAUUCUGUGGGUUCCUGUUUCUUAAGCCCCACAGCUCAGUAAUCAGUGGAUUUCCCAAGUGUUGCUUGGUGACAUACGCUAGCGUGCAGCCUUUGAGGUGGGGUGCAUGGGGUCCUGGAGAGCAAGUGUCCUUCGACUCACAUGUCUUAAUCUGGUCUUCUUCGGGAUCUGCCUGAUGGUUUGCCAGCAUCCCAAGGCUUGUUCCCUGCCCCCCUCCCCCGUUCCUGUGCCUGACAUGAGGCACUUCAGCCACCCCCAAAUGUGACUGUGGAACAAGGAUCAUCUUGCCAUGUCAGUGGACGAAGAGCCACCGUGCUCUGUUUGAUGCCCUCAGGGUGCAUCCCCAGAGGCUGGUCACAUGCCCACCGGUCACCAGCAUCAAGCUUGCCUUGUGAAAUCCCAGGAGUGCAGCCCCCAGCAGGGAAGGGGGAUGCUGGGCGGAGCCGCAGAUUCCUCUGAUGUAAACCUCCUCAGUCUUAACGUGGUCUCUGACCUCUUCGUAUAAGCACAGCUCUGAUUUGCACUGCUUUCUUGCACAAAGGACCUUCCUCCCGUCCUUCCCUCUGCCAUAAACUUUGGCUCUUGGCUACUGCUUUGAGUUUUCCAGCUGCUACACUUUGCAUUGUAAUGCACAGAAAUUGCCAAUAAAGGCAAGGAGACUCAGCAAAGAUCGUAGAGAGACCGUUGCCAGAAUGUAGGUUUUGUGCUCCUGGGAAACCUUUGAGAACGCAGGCUGUUGGGAUGCUUAGCAUCUGUUUGAGUCAAAAGUGUUUCAUUGGCUAGUUGGUCUCAGGAGGCGGAUGGCAAUGGAGGACCCUCCAGCCAUCUAUGGACUAUCUGAAACCCUCAGGUUUGCAGACAGUAUGGGGAACUGCUGCUGCUUACACCCCUAUCUGAUAUUCCGUGGCCAAAUUUCAGGUGGCAGAGAGGAAGUAUGGAACCCGUACAUUUCUUGAGCCUUUCUGGAAGAUGGGUUUUAGUUUGCAGAGACAGUUUGGAGAUGGUUCUUAUCUGUGUAUAUGCCGUUUUGCCCAUCUCCGUUGAGAGGCUGUGCUUGAAGGGGUGGUGUGUAUACAGAGAAAUCUUGUGUAAAUAAUUUGUGAUCUGUUUAGCAGCAGUGCUGUAUGUAUGUCUGAAAAGGACUGAUAAAGGCAAGUUUCAUACAGACAAUAUGUGUGUUCUUGAGUGCUCGGCUUAAUACUGUUGCAGUGCUGACGUGAUGUUUGCAGGCAUUGCUGAUUUGUCAGACCACCCAGGAAAAAAGGAUCAGGGACAAGAAAUUAUGAGCCCCAAACAUGACAAAGUCAUAAACAGGAGCCUUGGAGGUUUUAUUCCAGCAUGUGCUGGUAGAUAUUGAAACUCACUACAGGUAUCUG